CCCAUUCUGAUCUGAAUCCAAGAAAACCAGAUUUACAUGCACAUGCAUACUCACAUUACACUAGAAUUUAUAUCAAGGGAAUGGAGGGAUUUGAUGAUGCAUCUGUGAGCACUGAAGAAGUAGGCACCGUAGAAGAGUCCGAGGCUACAGGUGUUGCUGCUGAUGAUGAUGAUCAAGCCUCUCCCUCGCCUUUCGAAUCAUCUGGUUCCCCUCCUGCUGCAGAACCUAUUAAUCCAGGAGCUGGUACCAUGGGAAUCUUCACUUCUCCUAAUGAUGGCCCGCUGCUCCCUGAUCCGAGUCGUAUGCAGGAGGAAAGCUCUGCAUUUCGUGAGUGGCGUAGGCAAAACGCUAUAUAUCUCGAGGAAAAGGAAAAGAAGGAGAAGGAAAUGAGGAAUGAGAUCAUCAGAGAAGCUGAUGAGUAUAAGAAAGCGUUUACUGAGAAAAGGAAGGUCAACUGUGAGACGAAUAAGACUCAUAACAGAGAAAGAGAGAAGAUAUACCUUGCCAAUCAAGAGAAAUUCCACAAGGAAUGUCACCAACAGUACUGGAAAGCAAUAGCAGAGAUCAUCCCUCGCGAGGUUGCUACUGUUAAAAGACGAGGAAAGAAGGAAGAUGAAAAGAAAACCUCAAUAGUGGUCAUACAAGGACCAAAGCCUGGGAAACCAACUGAUGUCUCCAGAAUGCGGCAUUUGCUUUUGAAGCUGAAGCAAAAUCCUCCGCCUCAUAUGCUCCCCCCUGCAAAAGAUGAAAAAGACGCUAAGGAUGGGAAAGAUACAAAGGAUGGGAGUAAACCUGGUUCGCCUUCCAAAGAUGCAGCUGCUAAAGGCACUCCUGAUGAAUCUAAAGCUGCUGCAUCUUAGGCAACUGAAGGUAAGCACAGAAUCAGAAUCCGGGCCAACUGCAAAAUGGACAGACAUUGCAUGUUUCUCAUUGCCCUCUAAAGUAUACUAUCCAUAAAUAGCAUUUUAUACCUCGCUUAGCAUCAUAUAUGGAAUAAAGAGUAAUUAGCCAAUCAGGCCCUGAUGCUUAACCAGCACCCCAGACUGGAAUACCUAUUUUCUAGUAUCAACCUUUCAAUGCAGUUUUGAUGCUUAUACAGGGAUAUUUUUUAAGGGGAGCC